AUGAUCAACCGGCUCCGGGCGACUGCACAGCACCUGACCACCAUGGCAUCGCCGACCACGACGACCAAGGCGACCGCCGCACCGUGGCGCGCCGACUUCACGGCGCACGUGGCCAAGAUGCCACAGGCGUCCUUCGUCCUGAGCACGCUCGACGCCGAGGACGGCGGGCCACGGGCGCGGACGUGCAUCUUCCGCGGUAUGUGGGGCACGAUGCCCCCCAACGACCGCAACCCGGCAGAGCGCAACCCCGAGGGCGUCUACGAGAGCGACAUGCCCGUCUUCACCACGGACGCGCGCAUGCAAAAGACGGGCCAGCUCGAGGCGGACCGCCGCGCCGAGGCGGUGUGGUGGGUUGAGGAGACGCAGACGCAGUGGCGGAUGCGCGGGGUCGUGUGGCAGCUCGGCCGGCGCGUCGGCGACGAGGCCAGGGCGGCCCUUGAGAGGAGGAUGAGACAGUUGACCGGGGGACGGCAGCAGCAAGAAGACUGGAGUUGGGAGAGGGAGGUCACGGGCCACUUUGGGAACCUGAGCCCGAUGAUGAGGGGUACGUUCAAGAACCCGCCGCCCGGGACGCCGCGGGCAGUGGAGCCUGGCAAGGACACAGGGUUGGGUAUGGGUCAAAAGGUGGAGGAUCUGGAGGACGACAUAGCUCGGAGAAACUUUUUGGUCUGCGUUAUCGUGCCGGACGAGGUCGACCGGGUCAUCCUGACAAAAGAUGAUCCUCAGAGGUUCGUGUAUCGUUACAUUGGCGAUGGGCAGAAAAACCAGGAAGGUGGGUGCGGGAAGGUAGAUGGGGACUGGGAAACGGUUGAGCUUUGGCCUUGA